AUGCUCGACUUUGUAGCAGCCGGCCUCGCGCUGGCCCGCACCGCCCGAGACUCGCCAGCUGCUCCCACGGCGCGCCGCGCUGCCGAUGCAGGUCAGCGGCCGGCUCUGGCCGCCGAGUCGCGCUCCGCCUGCUGCGAAAAGUACACGCAGAUCUUUGUGCUCCGCAACCGGAACGACGAGGCCGCCGUCGCCGAGCUCGUCGCUCUCUUUCACGGGACGGCCUCCGUGCUGCUGCGCCACGAGAUCGCGUACACGCUUGGGCAGAUGCAGCGCGUCGACGCGGUCCCCUUCCUCGAGCGCCUCCUCGCGGACCGCGCGGAGGACCCGAUCACGCGCCACGAGGCGGCCGAGGCGCUCGGCGCGAUCGAGGCGCCCGAGAGCCUGAGCGUGCUCGCCAAGCACGCCGCCGACGACGCGUCGGAGGCGGCCGGCGGCGGGCCGGCGGCGGCGGACGCGGACGCAGACGCCUCCUCCGCGGCCUGCCCGUGGCAGCCCGCCCCGCCCGAGCCGACGGCGCCAACCUACACGUACGUCUCUCCCGCGCCGGCCGCGGAGGCGGCGCCGCUGCCCGAGCUGCGCGCGCGGCUGCUCGACCGCGGCGCGCCGCUGUUUGAGCGGUACCGCGCGCUCUUCGCGCUGCGCGACGCGGUCCCGCGCGAGGGCGCCGGUGCGGUCGCCGCCCUGUGCGAGUGCCUCGGCCGCGCCGGCGGCGAGAGUGCGCUGCUCAAGCACGAGGUUGCCUUUGUGCUCGGCCAGCUGGAGCACCCGGCGGCGGGCGACGCGCUGUGCGGCGCGGUGCGGCGCGAGGGCGAGCACGGCAUGGUGCGGCACGAGGCGGCGGAGGCGCUCGGUGCGAUCGGCACCCCGCAGGCGGUGGAGACACUCCGCGCGUACUGCGGCCACGCCGAGGAGAUUCUGCGGGAGAGCUGCUGGGUGGCGCUCAUGUGGCUGGAGGACUAG